AUGGAGGGAGCAGAGAUGGGGUGGAGAGGCGCAGCCGUGGUGGCCGUGGGGCUGUGGGUCUUGCUGACGGUGGGCGUGGCGGCGGACCCCGAAGCGGUGGAGCCCCCGCGCUGCCUCCUCUCACACUACCGCUCCCUGGACCCCCGGGCGCUGCUGGCCGUCAAGGCACGGAGGGACCGCUACGAGGAAGACACGCUGAGCUGGAGGCCGCGCAACUGCUCGUUCCGCGGGCGGAAGGCCCGUCCGCCGCCGUGGUCCUGUGCGCGGCUCCGCCAGGGGGCCCGCGGCCUCGCCGACGCCCAGGCCGUGCUGAGCAGCCUGCCGAGCCCCCAGCCUCCCGGCGUGGGCCCGACCCUGGAGCUGCUGGCGGCCGCGGGGCGGGACGUGGCGGCCUGCCUCGAGCUGGUCCGGCCAGGCUCCUGGAGGGCGGCCCUGCGGCGGCCCAGGAGGCGGCCCAAACCUCGCAGAGCUGCCUCGCCUCGGUGCCACGAAGCCACCGGCGUCUUCAGCCUCCUGCGCCUGCUCGCGUGGGACCUGCGGCUGCUGGCGCACUCGGGGCCUUGUCUGUGA